AUGGGUGGUGACUCCAAGAAGAAAAAGGCUGCCAUUCCCCUUCCCGCCCCGACCGAGUCCGAAUCCAUCAUAACCGCUCCUACGGAAGAGGCAACCGCGACUGCUACUGAUGUGUCCCGACCUGGUGACGAGAAGUCGUCCUACUCUCUCCCCGAGGACGGCACUCCCGUGACGAUCAAAACACGCGGCCACAGCGCCAACCGCUCACAGACAUCCCUGCUCAUCGAAUACUUCGAGGGCGGCAAAAGCCCAGGGCGUUCCGAGAGCCCAGGUAGCCGCCGGCCGAGUGUGCGUGUACGACUGAAGCCUUCCGGUAGUCGCAAGGACGAACGCAUCAUGAUCUCCAAACCGAAAUCCUCCUCCCACCCUCGAAAGGCGUCCCUCUCCCGCCGAUCGUCAACUCCACAAAAGGGUUCGUCCACCGCCGCCCGUGAUUACGAGGCGGCCGGUGGCAGUGCCAUCAGUGCCCUUAGCAGCGGCGGCGAUGGCGAGGACAGUCGAAGCAUUCACUCGUAUGCGUCUGCGACUGAAGAAUCCAACGUGUCUCGAAAUCCUAUUACUGUGGAAAUUGACCACGGCGGUAGUGGCGGCGCCGGUGGUGUUAGUGCCAGCCAACAACGGCAACGGCCGCGCCGCCCCACAAGCCCAUUGAUACCCGCCGCCGCCAGCAGCCGUGGCUCGGCGUCCUAUCUGCCUGGCACCGUGUCGGAGAUCUCGGCAAUUCCGGCAGACAGCUUCUUAGACGGUUCUAAAUCGCCACGCAGUAACAGUCCCACUCGCGACAUCGCACUAGCUGCUGCGGCCACGGCCGCGGGUGCUGCUGGAGCGGCGGCGCUUGAACGGCAUCGUGUUUCAAGCCGAAGCCGAGCUGACGAUCCCGACCGCAUCGUGGUGUCCAAGUCGGGCUCGUCCCGUGACAGAGACCGUGAACGAGACGGAGACCGUGACAAGGACCGUUCUGGUCGAAAACAUCGUUCAAGCCGCAGUCGGACCAGUAGCCUGAAUGUUGCGGAGCGCGAGGAUGCCGGAUCCCCCUCGCAAAGACGUUCCAGUCGUCAUCGUCACCACAACGAGUCCGCCGUGUCCGCGGGAGCGGAAUCGAGCGUCCUGUCGUCUGCUCUCUCACCCAGCCAUCGCUCCUAUGACCAAUACUCGGUUCGCUCAGGCGCUUCCAAAGCUUCGUCCAUCAAUAAUCCCAAGCUAUUAGAGACCGUCGAAGACGCCAUCCGCCGCCUUAUUCUGCCGGAACUGAACGCCCUACGACGAGAGCACAGCCAUCGGGACCGUCGCAACUCUACCACAUCGACCGGCACAAGCGUCUCGCGGGACGAGUAUGCUACGAACGAUCGCCGCCGGUCCGGCACCAGCGACCGCCAUGGGUCCGCCUCACACACCCCGAGAGACAAAGGAAGGGAAGUUCGCGACCGUGAAGGAAGGCAUGCACUUGUUGAUAGUCCAUCCCCCGUAAUGGACUACGCAUCCGAUUCGGGUCACGAAGCUGGUCCCACGAACCGUGCCGUUGGUGAUACACCAAAACAUAGCACAGACAAGGUCCGGGAUGCCGCCAUAGCAGCAGCAGCAGGUGCGGCUCUUGGCGGCUUAGCGAAAGCAGCCAUGACGGACCACAGUGGGUCGCCUACCACUGCGCGGGAUCAACGUCGCCGCCGCAGAGCUGAAGCGCAGGGCAUUGAUAUUGAUAGAGAUCAGGGCGCACCUCCGGUUCAGCUACAACAGCACCAAGGACCACCGGACUUGUACCUCACAGGUGCGCAUAGUGCAGCCAGUCGUUCCUUCGAAGACCAGGCUCAUGGUCAACGUGGUCUGCAGGAGGUACCAAUGCCACCAGGCGGCGGUGGUCUCAAUGCCGGUCACUUGCAACAUCUCGAUCCGGAUGCUGGCUUCUUGCAGCCUCCCAUGCCUCUAAUGAGUGAAAUCAACUCAGACAUGACUCGCACGUCCAUUCUCUCAGCAGAGUCGGAUCGCCCCCUUUCAGCAGAAAACGAACGACAAAUUCCUCCUGUCCAAGACGUAUCCAGAGGUCCGCCCCAUGGCGAUGAGCCACUGGGUUCCUUACCUCCUCAGUACACAACCUCGUCGAGCAGUCUUCAGGGACUUGGCACACAACAUGCCAAUAUCUCGCAUGGCGAUCUCCGGGCAUUGCCUCGCAACUCUGUUGGCAGUGGUGCCAACCACGCGAAUAUGACUGGCCGGGGCAUCGAUGAGGUCGACGAGCACGACGCCAUAAUCGAUCGCGAGCACCAGUAUCCCGACCAGUAUUUGCAACAGGCUGUCGAAGACGACUUUGUCGAUGAUUAUGACGGUAUGGCGGACUACGCUGGUCAGACCUACGAUGCCUAUGGCCACCAGAUUGUUCCAGCGCCCCUUAAAUAUGUGCCCUAUCAGCCUGAGCAUCGCGGCCUCAGCCCCAUCCCUAGUGUUUCGGGCUACACGGAGGGCGGCGCGAGCGAGGUGCAGGGCUACCGUGACAGUGGAGUGACAACAACUUCUACAUCGUCCCCAGGAAAAUCUCCUCGGCUCGAGCGCAAAUCGGCCGCUUCACUCAACUCCAUCCCUAGCAAUGUCAUGAGCCGUGAGUUUGAUCACGACGACCUCAGUGCCCGGAGCUCUGAGAUCGACUACCGCCCUGCCCCGACGCAGUUGACCGACGUUACGGAGGACGGCGACCAAAACAAUUUCCGUGCUAUGGACGGUAUUGCUGCCAACCCUGAUAUCACCCACACGCCAAUUGGCAUUGAGUCAGCCGUUGCAUCACUAGUCGACGGCUCAAUGCUUGAUGGGUCCGCAGUGACAACGGGUUCCAGCGCAGAUGGUGCUUAUGCACCUAUCUCUGGCACCCGUGGCUCCAUGGACACGCUGGAAGAAGAGCGGUCGCAUGGACAGACGACACCCAAAAACCGGUCUGUCGAAAGCCACGGUCAAGCACUACGUGAGGGCGACGCCGGUCUUCGCGAAGGUGAGGAGCUGCACGAGACGCGCGAGAUUGCUACUGCAUCUCCAACGACAACCAGAACGAAUCCCUCUGAGUUCUCCGGCGAGUACGAGAUCGACCAAUAUGGACGCAAAGUGCGGCGCGCUUCGCCUACGGCCUCCGAAACGGCUGCCAUUACUGCUGGUGCCGUAGGUUUGGCCAUUCGUGCAGCUCGGGACCGGAACCAAAACCCAUACCAGCCUCACGGUGAGCGUGAGGUGCACGAAGCGAGCGGAAGCCAGGACGUUCCCGCCGAGAGCGAGUGGGUUCCCGCUGGUGUCCAGCGGAACAAGUCAUUCAAGGAGCGGACCAUGGACGGACUCCGUCCAGCCAAUACACCCACCCACAGCACCGACCGCGUUGACGAGUACGACCAAUACGAGCACGAUGUGCCGCGCAUGGGAGCUAGCGGUCUUCCGGAUCUCAGCAACCCCCUUCCGGAGAUUGGCUACGGCGGCUACUCGGAAGAUGAAGAUAUGGAGACAAACCCUUCCGUAGUUCACGGCCAUGUCCCAGACGAAAAUGAGCAGGAAGCAUGGCGCACUGGCGAUCGGACACCUACCCAAGAGCGCCACGAUGAAGCGACGUCACACGCAAUGAGUCUCGCCGGUCCCGCUGCCGCUGCCAUCAUGGGUGCUGCUGCUGCCGAUCACAUGCUUGGCGCGUCUCAGCACAGUCGGCAAACUAGCCAGGAGCGGGACGAGGAAUGGCAGCGUUCGUCUGAUGAACGCAAGCGGGACACCCUGAUCACUAACCCCUACGAAGGCACAAGCCCAAUUGUGAACGAGAGCCUCAUCAAGAAGUCUAUUCCCAACCCUGCCACUGGAGCUGCUGCUGCAGCCGCCGCCGCUGCCGCUGCCGCCGCUGCCGCCUAUGGGACAGCCGGGCCGGAUUAUGCUACCAGAAGCCCGCUCGGCGCCCGGUUUGACGAGGGAUAUAUCUCUCAGGGCCCCGGAAAGUCGCCCGAUUUAGCCAAUGUCUCCAAGGGCAAAGGUAUCGACUACACAGAUGCGCCUGCUGUCUUUGGCGCUACGGAAGAGGACCCGUUCUAUACGGCGAACCAGGCUCGACACUUUAGCGGCUUGUCGCAGGGCAUGGCGACACCACUUUACGAUCCCGCUACCGGUGCCGGUAUCGACCGCAUCGAGAAUAAGGACAUUGUUGCUUUGAUGCAACAUCUGAUGGUGCGGGACGCACAGCGGAGCGCGCGCGAUACGGAGAUUCUGGUGACUCUUGUUCGCGCGGCAGCGGAAAUGCGCACCUCAUUCGAGAACGUCCGCACCAUGCUCACAAUGCAUGAGAAAGGCAUCAACAACGAGUUCUCCAAGAAACUCGCCGACAGUGAGGAUGCGAUCAUUACCGAAAUCCUCGACGGAACCGAGAAGACGGUCCGUACGCACCUUGGCGGACCCCGGCCUUUCCCGGGCAGUGGCAACCGGUCUCUACAUGCCAGCAUUUCCCAAGCCGAGACGGAGGACCUGCCAGGAAAGCGCCAGAACAUCUUCCGCCGUGCUCUCAAGUCGCUGAAUGCUAAGGGAAACAACGACUUGACGAGAAUUGAGGACAUGCUUAACCAGCUGCUAAAUCAAGUCGACGUUCUCAAGGCUCAGUCUGCAGGCGGUGCGGGACCCGGUGGCAUCAGUUUGAGCGGCAGUACCAGUGGCCACGGACCGUCUCCGUACGAAGGAAUGAUGGAUCCCCAAUUGGCCUAUGAGCACGACCGUGGUUAUGAACCCGAGGGCCAGGCCGGCACAUCCACCGCCAGCCACGCCAGCCAGUCCGGCCUCCUAUCCGUCAACUCGCGGGGCGGCCUCAUUCAAUCGACUCGCAAGUUCUCCGACAAUCGGAUCAGUACCGUGCCUGAAGGCAACGAAGACGAGCCCGAAUACGACCAGGGACCUGGCAGCGCACCUGGCAAUGGACCAGCCGGCAACGUAGCUGCUGGAGGUGCAUCUGGUAACUUGCGCUUUGGCAGCCCUGCUUCGGUUCCCCAGAUGAGCUCAGCCCUGCUCGCAACGCCGCCCAGACAAUCACAAGACAUCCAGCAGCAGCAGUACCAGCAAUUACAACUCUCUGAGCCCCGACUGCAUAUGCAGCAAGCACCGCAGAGCAACGACAACACACCCCGGACAGAAAAGGCCAAGAAGCACAAAUCCAGCAGUUCGUCCAGCUGGCUCCCCAAGAUCUCGAGGUGGUCGGAGACAACAACGUCUAGUGUCGGACGCGUGUUCCGGGGCAGCCGCGACUCCAAGAAGGACAACGACGAGCUGGGCUUCCAUAGUGGAUUGUCUCGAUCGGGUUCCGAUCUCGCGGCGUACGAUGGCUAUGAGCCCACGCCAGGAGACAAGCUCCACUCGGGCUUCUCUGAGACCGACAUCAUUCAUGGCGGCAACUACCUCGAUCAGACGCGGCCUGAGCAAUCUCAGCAGCAUGCCCACCAGGGCGGGCAGAUAUACCAACAACGCCAGUUCGACGAUGACAUCCACGGUUAUCACCUGCCCCCCGACAGUACGGAGAUUCUCCCUCCGAACCCCAAGUCGUACAUGACGCCCGAGGAUCCCAAGUACCGGGCGCAUCGCGACUCCCUCAACCUCCAACAUCCUCAGCCGCGGUCAGGUCAGCCCUUCAAAGCUGCCCUGGAGUCACAGGCAGCCGACUUUGACUCACCGAUGAGCCCCCGAUCGGCCGAAUGGGCCGGCUCUGCCACAUCGCUGAACCGGUUCCCAGGUCAGAACACCAACCGGUACAGUGAUGCGUCGGUCAGCAACACGGCCGCGCAAAGUACACAGCAGCAGCAACAGCAGCAGUACUGGGAAGCCGGGGCCGCCCAGGGCUCGCAGUCGCAGGCGGGCCCGCCUCGACCUCCCAAGGAACCUCUAGAUGCCCAAAGAGAGCAACAGACGCCACCUCGUCCGGCACGCCUAACCAAGGCAGCCAAGACAAGCCCUCUUCCGUACCACAGCGUGGAGAGCGGAUACGGAACAGCCACACACGUCCCGACGAGCUACACCGGCAGCCCUCGGUUUGAGAAUCGCAACUUGAGCGGCGCGCUGACAGCACCAACGCGGCGUCCAAGUGGUCCUCGGGCGAUGACUCCAAAGAGUGAGCGAAGCGCGCGUAGCUACAACGACGAUGAGCCUGGAAGCGACCCACGCAGACAGAAGAGAAGUAAGUUGUGA